AUGUCAGAAGUCGAAAAAAAAGAAGAAGUUGUUGAAAAGAAAGAAGAAGUUGUCGAAAAAAAAGAAGAAUCUGUUGUUGCACCAGCAGAAACCACCACUGAAGAAAAAAAAGAAGAAGCUGUUGAAACUGCUGAAGACUCUGAACCAAACGUUGAUUUUGGUGUUCGUUUAAAAUUAGAAGAAACUAAAAUUUCAAACAAUGAAGAAGACGAAGAAGUUGUUUAUGAUGAACGUUCAAGAUUAUUCAGAUUUGAUACCACUGAAACUCCACAAUGGAAAGAAAGAGGUAUUGGUAAUGUUAGAUUCUUAAAGGAUAAAAAAACUGGUAAAGUUAGAAUUGUUAUGAGACGUGAAAAAGUCCAUAAAGUUUGUUUAAAUCACUUUGUCGAUCCAAAUUUAUCAUUAGAACCAAUGCAAGGUUCAGACAGAGCUUGGACCUGGAAAUGUCCAUUAGAUUUUUCAGAUGAAGAAUUCCCAAAUGGUGUCCCAGAACUUUUCGCCAUCAGAUUUGGUUCAUCCGAAACUGCCAACAAAUUCAAAUCCACUUUUGAUCAAUACAAAGCCGAAAAUAAAGAAAUCUUAUCAAAAUAA